GUGACGAUCAUUUUGACGAAAUGGUAGGCUGUCUUAAUAUUUAUUUACAUUCUAAAAUAAUUCUAGAUUGUGAUUAGUGAUUUUAAUGUAACUCGAUGGUUUGUUUCAAAGAUAUAUCACGCGGUCAUUUUUUUAAUCACACGCUAUCGUAAAUUGUUUCUUUUGCUAGACAGUGUCAGGUGUUCGCAGUACUUUGCUCGUGUGUUUGUGAGGAAGCAUGAAUUUUUUUAAUAGCAUUGUGAAACAAAUAUUCAAGGGAUACGAUGUUAAUUAAGGAAAUUGUUGUCAUUCUUUUAGAACAAUUUACAUACGAGUCUUACUAAUCAAUGUACUACCUAUUUCAGACUUCCAAUAGUAUGUGUGAUAUAAAAGAUGACGUGAAGGAUGCUCUGAAGGAGUUUAGAUUCCGAAAAAGUCAAAAAAAUGCAGCGCUAUUAUUGAAGGUUGACAGAGAGAAACAAAAGAUUUGUGUCGAUGAGCUUCUAGAUGAUGUAAGAAUUGAAGAACUACAGGACAUCAUUCCUGAACAUGAACCACGCUACAUUGUUUAUAGUUACAAAAUGGAGCACUUAGAUGGUAGGAUUUCCUAUCCAAUGUGUUUCAUAUUUUAUACUCCAAGAGAUAUUCAAAUGGAAUUACAAGUCCUUUACGCUGGGAUGAAAUUGGUUUUACAAAGAGAAGCAGGACUUACAAGAGUUUACGAAGUUCGAGAAUUAGAAGAAUUAACAGAAGAUUGGCUUAAAGAGAAAUUAAGCAGGUAGAAGAAUAUAUAUGUAU